AUGUUCCUCAUGAACGCGCCUCCGGUGCUCCCCCUCCAGGCCACGUGGGAGGCCUGCGGGCCACCCGGGAGCUGCAGGUUUCCCGGCCGCCUCCCGGAGCCCCCGGAGGGCGCGGCGGGCGCGGCGGUGAGCGCCCGGGUGCAGAUGAUCAUCAGCUCGCUGCGGGGCGAUCGGGCGGCACGGGGCCGGAGCCAGGAGCGCGGCCUGCACCGAGGAGGCCACAGGGGCCGCCUCGCCCAGCCGGCCGCCCCCGCCUGCAGGCUCGCCGCUCAUUCGGGCCCCGCGGGGAAGGAGGCGGCCUCGGCCCCCGGCCCCUCGGGGCGGGACUCCGACAGCGACGACUCGGUGGACCGGGGCAUUGAGGAGGCCAUCCAGGAGUACCUCAGGGCCAAGAGCGGGGCCGUGCCGCCCGCAGCCGCCGCCCGGGGCCCUCCGUGCCGCCCGGAGCCGCCUCUGGACAGCGCCCCGGCCGCCCUGUGCCCCCUGAAGCGGGCUCCUGGCUCAGGAGACGCCCCCGGUGGCCACGGGGGAGCGGGCCAGGCCCCGGGCCCCGCCUCCCCGGGCAGCGUGAGCAGCGAGGACUCCUUCGAACAGGGCAUCCGGGCUGAGAUCGAGCGGUUCCUGAGCGAGAAGAGGCAGCUGGAGGCCCCGCCCGGCGACCGGCCGGCGGACAGGAAGCCGGGCCCCGGGGACCACCUGGCCACACCCGCUGUCAGGCCCAGCAAGGAGCCGGCGGGCAGGGCGCCCCGGCAGGACGCGGGGGGCGCUGCUAAGGAGCUUGUGUUCCCAAACCCGCCCCGGCCGGCCACGGUAGCUACGCCUCCCCGGAGCCUCAGGUCCAAGGUCGCCGCUGAGCCGGAGAGCGGGGGCGGCCCGAAGCCCACACCCCCCAGGCCGGUCGCCGCCGGCCGCACCUCGGACGCCCCGGGGAAGGGCCGGGCCCGGAGGGGCCUGGGCCCCGGGCGGAGGGGACUGGGCUCCAGGAGCGCCGGCCCGGACCCCGACCGCACGGCGGCCGACUCCAGCAGCGACGACGGCAUCGAGGAAGCCAUCCAGCGGUACCAGCGGGAGAGGAGGAAGGAGGCGAGCGGGGACCCGCCCCCGAAAGCCCUGCCGGGGGAGCAGCUGCCUGGCCCUCCUGCCCCCGGCGCCGGCCUCGCCGCCCAGAGUGCCUCACCCGACGCCCCCAGGAGAGCGCCAGGCAGGAGGAAGCCGGCGGCCUCAAAGGCUGUGGACCUGGGCCCCCUCGACCCCGACCCCCCUGCCCCGCCACCAAGGGAGCCCAAAGCCCCGGCCGCCCCAGGCAGCGCGGCGGCCAGGAGCCGGCUGGCGGACGCCUCCGCGGAGCUGAUGUGCGCCGAGGCCAUCCUGGACAUCUCCAAAGCCAUCCUGCCGGCCCCCGGGGAGGGCGGAGCGAGGGCCCCGCCCGCCUGCCCGCCCCCCUGCCCCCCCAGUGUGCCUUCCCCUGCCGACUGCGACAGCAGCUCUGUGGACAGCGACGACAGCAUCGAGCAGGAGAUCCGGAACUUUCUGGCGCUGAAGGCACAGUCGGGGACUUUGCCGGCCAGGGCGGACACCUGCCCACCGCCCACACAGAGCCCCCUGCCGCCGCCGCCGCCGGACCCCCCGCGGCAGGCCGGCGACCCCACGGCGCCCGCCUCGAAAGCCCCGGAGCCUCCGCUGAGCUGCAGGAGGAAGCGCAGGGCGGCCCGGGGCGCCGUCCAGGCCUCGGUCCCCAAGAGAACGAGAGACACGGUGAAGGAGGGCGCCCCGGACACUGGCCCCGGCCCCGGCGAGGCCCCCGGGAGGGACGGCGAGGCCAGGGCGCAGGGCCCCCCCUGCAGGACGGCCGGGCCGGGGGGUGAGCCCUGGGCCGCAGACACGAGGGGCGGGGUGCCGCCGGGCCCCGGGAAGGUGGCCGAGGCCCGGGCUGUGGACGGGGGAGAGAGCUCCGAGGACAAGAGCAGCUCGCUGGACAGCGACGAGGACCUGGACUCGGCCAUCAAGGACCUGCUGCGGUCCAAGCGGAGGCUCCGGAGGCGCUGGAGGGACCCCCGGGCCGGCGGCCGGAAGAGGGUCAGGUUCGGCGGCACCGAGGCGCUGGGUCCGCGGGGCGGCCCGGCCGGCCCGGCCGUGCUGAAGAGCUGCCUCCCCAGGUCCAGGGGGAACGGCUGGCCCGGCCCGCCCGGGAGGCCUCCCUGCGGCCUCUGCGGCCCCACCGAGCGGGCCGGGCCGGGCGGCACGGGGCCCGCGGACCCGCCCCAGGCCCUCCCGGCGGGGCCCAGUCCGUUCCCCCGCGAGGCCGAGGCCCGCCGCCCCGGCCCGGCCGCCAGCCCCGGCCUCGGGUCCGAGGACAGCAGCUCCGUGGACAGUGACGACAGCAUCGAGCUGGAGAUCCGGAAGUUUCUGGCCGAAAAGGCCAAGGAGACUGAGAGCAGCUCAGAAACUCCGGGAGGGGCUCCGGGGAGCGGGCCCAGGCCAGAGCCGCUGUGCCGGAAGGGGGCCCCGGCCCCGGCCCCGCAGCCGGGCAUGUGCACCCGGAGCCAGAGGGGCAGGGGGACCCCUCAGCCCACGGCGGGGCUCCGGGGCGGCCCCCGCACGGAGCCGGCCUGCCUCCCCGCCGCUCCGCCCAGAGGCCAGCCGGCGGCUCCCCGGGGCAGCGGAGGGACCCUGUCGGCCAGAGGGUCCCCCGCGGGCAAGAGGAGCCUUCCCCCUCACCGGGACCAGAGCCCGCGGGGGGCGUCCUGCGUGGCGCAGGCGGAGGCCCGGGCGCGGAGUCCCGGGGGGGCCUUGCCCGUGCCCGCUCGGAGCCGGAGCGCGCCCGCCUGGAGCCCGGGCGCCGACAGGGAUGGGGGGGCCCAGGCCGGCCUCGCCCUCCCGUGGGGCGACUUCGUGGCCCACCAGAGUGCGCUGCAGAGCCCGUGGGCGCUGAGCUCGGGAGGCAGGGGCGCGGCGUGGAAGGGGGCCCUGGGCGGCGAGAGGGAGAGGGGGCCGGAGGGCCAGGCCCAGGGCGCCGCCGGCCUCGCCACCGACCCCCGGAAGGGCCUGCCCUUCGCCGGCUUCUCCCCGCUGCUGCCCACACAGCUGUUCCACUUCGGGGGCAGUGCCGCCUGGGGGGCGCCGGCCGCCGGGCUCCUCGGCCCCGGCCUGAGCCUGCCGCUGCGGGGCCCCGCCUUCUCCGCCUUCCGGGAGGCCCCGGCCGCCGGCCGCUUCGGGCGCCCGCGCCUGCGGGGGAAGGAGGCCCGGGCCUGGCCCCGGAGGAGGGCGCUGGGCGGCGGCGGCGGCGGCAGGAACUCGGGCUCCGACGAGGACCUGCUGGACCUGAGGUGCCGGCGGCCGGCGGGCCGGGACGAGGACCGGGAGGCCUGGGGCAGCGACACCAGCGAGCUGAGCGACACCUCCGUGGAGGACGGCAGCCCCGUGGCCACGGGCCAGGUCCUCCCGCUGUGA